UUCUCAAAAAGAAGCAAAAUAUUUUAGUUUUUAGCUAUAUGGGGUUCUUUCUUUUUCAUUUUUCUUGUUGAAAUUAACAAUACCCAAAAACCCAUUUUAAAUUUACAAUCUUUUUUUUUGUAAUAUACUGUUACUACAAAUUCUCAAAAAGAAGCAAAAUAUUUUAGUUUUUAGCUAUAUGGGGUUCUUUCUUUUUCAUUUUUCUUAGUGAAAUUAACAAUACCCAAAAACCCAUUUUAUAUUUACAGUUUUUUUUUUUUUUUUUUUGGGUUGAAAUGUGGGGUUUACUCAUUUAAUAUACUGUUACUACAAAUUCCCAAAAAAGAGGCAAAAUUUGUAGUUUUUAGCUGUAUGGGUUUGUUUCUUUUUCAUUUUUCUUGUUGAAAUUUACAAUACUCAAAAACCCCAUUUUAAAUUUACAAUCUUUUUUUUUGUGGGGUUGUGAUUUUCAGCAUUUAAUACUAUACUGUUACUAUUACAAAUUCCUAAAAAGGUGUUGCAUUUACUGUAGUUCAGUUCUUUAAAGUUUUAGUUUUGAGGUGGAUUGAUGAAUUUGGUGAACUGUUUUGGAAAGAUUGAAUUUUUGGGGUUGAAAGAUUUGGUGAAAUUUGAUGAAUGAAUGGAAAGAUUUGGAGGUAAAAAUGGGUUUUUUGGAUAUUAUGGUUUAGUGUUAGCAGUAAAUUUGGAAGUGCAAUUUUUUGAUGUUUAUGACUGGUAGAAUGAAUUCAGAUGUUAAUAGAGCUAGUGGACUAGUUGAAAGGGAUAUUGAACAGGCAAUAACCGCUCUAAAAAAGGGGGCAUGUUUACUGAAGUAUGGAAGAAGGGGAAAGCCAAAGUUUUGUCCCUUUCGGCUGGCAAAUGAUGAGUCUGCUCUGAUAUGGUUUUCAGGUAAAGAGGAGAAGCACCUUAAGCUAAGUCACGUGUCAAGAAUAAUAUCGGGACAGCGCACUCCAAUAUUCCAAAGGCACCCACGACCUGAGAAGGAGUACCAAUCAUUUUCUCUCAUAUAUAAUGAGAGAUCACUAGAUUUGAUAUGCAAAGAUAAAGAUGAAGCAGAGGUAUGGUUUAGUGGUUUAAAGGCUUUAAUUUCACGUGGGCACCAGCGAAAAUGGAGAACAGAUUCAAGGAGCGAUGGAAUUCCUUCUGGUGCCACUAGUCCCAGAACAUAUACGCGGAGAAGCUCCCCUCUGCAUUCUCCUUUUGGUAGUGGUGAUAGUUCACAGAAGGAUGGUGGUGAUCAACUUCGCCUUCAUAGUCCAUAUGGUAGCCCACCUAAAAAUGGUGUAAAUAAGGCCUUUUCUGAUGCAAUUCUAUACGCUGUACCUCCCAAGGCCUUUUUCCCUUCAGAUUCUGCUAGUCCUUCUAUUCAUUCCUUAUCUUCUGGAGGUUCAGAUGGCAUUAAUGGUCAGAUGAAGGCAGUGGGUAUGGAUAACUUUAGAGUAAGCCUUUCAAGUGCUGUUAGCUCAUCAAGUCAAGGUUCUGGUCAUGAUGAUGGUGAUGCAUUGGGAGAUGUUUUUAUGUGGGGUGAAGGGACUGGUGAUGGUGUCCUAGGUGGUGGACCUCAUAGGAUUGACAGUUGUAAUGGUGUCAAAGUAGAUUCUUUAUUACCCAAAGCUUUAGAGUCUGCAGUUGUACUGGAUGUCCAAAAUUUAGCUUGCAGUGGAAAACACGCAGCACUAGUAACAAAGCAGGGUGAGAUUUUCUCCUGGGGUGAGGAAUCAGGAGGCAGGCUUGGGCAUGGUGUCGAUUCUGAUGUUUUGCAUCCAAAGCUUAUAGAUUCCCUCAGCCAUAUAAACAUUGAGCUUGUUGCUUGUGGUGAAAAUCAUUCCUGUGCUGUAACACUUUCUGGUGAAUUGUACACUUGGGGUGCCGGUGAUUUUGGUCUACUUGGGCAUGGGAAUGAGGUUAGUCAUUGGGUCCCCAAAAGAGUAAAUGGACCUUUAGAGGGCAUACAUGUUUCUUAUAUCUCCUGUGGUCCCUGGCAUACUGCUGUUGUGACCUCUGCUGGCCAAUUAUUUACUUUCGGGGAUGGAACUUUCGGAGUUCUUGGUCAUGGAGAUAGAAGGAGUAUUUCAAAACCUAGGGAAGUGGAAUCUCUGAAGGGGCUCCGAACAGUUCGAGCAGCUUGUGGGGUUUGGCAUACUGCUGCAGUCGUUGAAGUCAUGGUGGGAAACUCUAGUUCAAGCAAUUGUUCUUCAGGGAAACUUUUUACUUGGGGAGAUGGUGAUAAAGGUCGACUUGGGCACGGUGACAAGGAGUCAAAACUUGUUCCUACUUGUGUUGCAGCUCUUGUUGAACCCAACUUUUGCCAGGUUACUUGUGGACACAGCUUGACAGUUGCUCUAACCACUUCAGGUCAUGUAUAUACAAUGGGAAGUCCUGUAUAUGGCCAAUUAGGUCAUCCUCAAGCUGAUGGGAAGCUUCCUUGUCGUGUUGAAGGAAAAAUUUCAAAGAGCUUUGUGGAGGAGAUAGCAUGUGGUGCGUACCAUGUUGCUGUAUUGACUUCCCGAACUGAAGUUUACACAUGGGGAAAGGGAGCAAAUGGAAGAUUGGGUCAUGGUAAUACAGAUGACAGAAAUUCUCCCACCUUAGUGGAAGCUUUAAAAGACAAGCAAGUCAAAAGUAUUGCGUGUGGCACUAAUUUUACUGCAGCUAUUUGCCUUCAUAAAUGGGCGUCAGGGGUUGACCAAUCCAUGUGUUCUGGCUGCCGUCUUCCUUUUAAUUUUAAAAGGAAGCGCCACAACUGUUAUAACUGUGGUCUUGUCUUUUGUCAUUCAUGUAGCAGCAAGAAAUCACUGAGGACAUCAAUGGCACCAAAUCCCAAUAAACCUUAUCGUGUCUGUGAUAAUUGUUGUAAUAAAUUGAGAAAAGCUAUUGAAACCGAUGCUUCAUCUGAGGCUUCCAUGAGUCGAAGAGGAAGCCUGAACCAGGGGUUAACUGAUGCCAUAGACAAAAGUACUAAGUUGGAUAUAAAGUCUCGACCUCAUCUUACUAGAUUUUCUUCGAUGGAAUCCUUCAAACAAGUUGAAACCCGCUCUUCCAAACAGAAGAAAAAGUUUGAAUUCAACAGCAGUCGUGUGUCACCUAUUCCCAGUAGUACCUCGCAAUUGGGAGCUCUCAAUAGCUCCAAAUCAAAUCAAGUGUUUGCCUCGUCCAAGAAGUUCUUCUCUGCUUCAGUUCCCGGUUCAAGGAUUGUUUCUCGAGCAACAUCACCAACAUCUAGACGGCCCAGUCCACCUCGUUCUACUACUCCAACUCCGACACUGGGUGGACUUACAUCUCCAAGGAUUGUUGUGGAUGAUGCUAAAAGGACAAACGAAAGUCUUAGUCAAGAGGUUGCUAAAUUAAGAGCACAGGUGGAAACUCUUACACACAAAGCUCAACUUCAAGAGGUAGAACUGGAAAGAACUAGUAAGCAGCUGAAGGAGGCAAUAGCAAUUGCGGGAGAGGAGACUGCCAAGAGCAAAGCAGCAAAAGAAGUGAUCAAGUCACUUACUUCUCAGCUGAAGGAAAUGGCUGUAGGUCCUGCCCGAAACAUCAAAUCUCCUAAAUCAGCUUCCUCCGAAUCCAAUAUUACAUCCGGUGAUAUACCUAACAGCUGUGUUGACCAAGUUCACAGUCAACUUACUCAUCAAGAAUUGGAGUCAAGUAUAUCUAACAGCCAGUUGCUUUAUAAUGGAUCAAGCAAUGGCAGUAAUCGCAGUGUUGUUCACAGUAGACAAGGGAAUCAAGAGGCACCAACAAAAACUGGGAGCAGAGCUAAAGAAUGCGAUUCUCGUAAUGAGAGUGAAUGGGUUGAGCAAGAUGAGCCAGGUGUAUAUAUUACUCUUACCUCCCUACCUGGAGGCGUCAAAGAUCUUAAAAGGGUUCGCUUCAGUCGGAAGCGGUUUAGCGAAAAACAGGCAGAACAAUGGUGGGCAGAGAACCGUGCCAGAGUUUAUGAGCUUUACAAUGUACGUGUGGUCGACAAGGCAAGUAUUGGCACUGCAAGUGUGGAUUUAGCACAUUGAGACGUGCACUUUACUAUUUGUACAUGAGUUUUCCUUUUUCUUUUUUGGUCUUAACUCAACUUCAUGCCUCACAGUGAACAUCAUGUUAAUCAUAUAGGUUUAGUUUUCACAAAUUUGUAGGGAGGAAUCAAGGGUUGGCAUAGAAGAACUAGGAAUUACAUGUUUGCUUGUAAGUCUUUGCUAGUUUUAUUUUUUGAUAACCGAGAUCCCUGAGGACUAGUGGCGGACAGUUCGAAACUCGGUAGAUAAUAGUCUGCUCCUCUUAUCAUUGUCCACUUACAUACCAGGCUUUUGUCUGCGGCAGGAUUCAAAUCUGUGACAUGCGCCUAACAACCCACACAUCACGUGUUGCGCUUUUACUCCUAAACCAAAGCAUUGGGGGCUUUCCAUUAUUCAUAUGGCUUGACCUCUCUAUUUGAUUUUCCCCUCCCUAAUUGAUGUGUGGGGAAUAGAGAUGUAGUUUUAGUAGGUUGAUUGCCCUUGUUGGGAGAUGCUUCCUUGUAAAUUUUUCCCAAGUUAAUGCAUAUUUGGAUUUCAAAUCCAUACUCCUUUUGUAUUCCCUUUUAGAUGUAAACGGUUCUUUGAAAUCCCUACUCUUUCUAUGUUCACUUUUAGAAUUAUGAUAUUGAAAUUUAAAAAUUUAAUUUUAACUAUAUAUUCUAUGA